AUGAAUUAUUAAGAUAGUCCUCUUAUUGCCCUUGUCAAUUUAAUAAACAACGUUGCUUAUAAUCAGAAUGCUAAUCCAGAAUAAAAUAUAAUAAAACUCCUUGAAAAAAAUUCAAAAUAACAAAUAAAUCUAAUUUAUGAUGGAUUAUCUUUUUGUUAACUUACAGGAAAUGUAAUAGGAAACUAAUAAAUGAUUAAGUUGAAAAUAAAAGAACAUAUUUUUAAUGUUCUCUAAACAAGUCUUAAAGAUUUAAUACAAAAUCAUUGUUUUGUUGAUGGAAGAUUUGAAAAAUGCUUUUCUAUUAUAAAUAAUGUAUAGUUUAUUUUAUAAGGGGGUUAAAAUACAGAAUUUACAAAUAAAAUGGAUUUGGAAAUCACAGAUGAUAUUCUAAAAUAAGUAUAUGGAGAAGAGAAAUUUGUAUAAAUGAUGGAAGAGUAUAUAAUUUAUUAAAAUUGAAAGGAUUAGAAAUUUUUAUAAAGAAAAUAAUGCUCUGUAAUAGUGUAGAGACUAAAACUUGCUUAUGAAAUGCCCGAAGACAUAAAAAGAUAUUAUUUUAUUUAGUGAUGGAAUAAAUUUAUAAAGCGUAAUGUACAGUAUAGAGGGAGCAUUAAAAGUAUUGAGUGAUGAAAAAGAUAAGCUAUUUGAGCAUUAAAUAAAUUUUUUGGUGAAUUAUAAAGAUAAAAUGAGAUAUGGAAUCUAUAAAUGA